CAUGCAAAAUGGCUGCCGCGUCUCCUAAAGAAAAAUUUGAUUCAGCAGUUAAAGUUAUCCAUAGUCUGCCUAAGGAUGGACCAUUCCAACCAUCGAGAGAGAUGAUGUUGACUUUCUAUGGCUACUAUAAGCAAGCCACCGAGGGACCAUGCAAGUUACCAAAACCAAGCUUUUGGGAUGUGGUCAAAAAGGCCAAAUGGGAUGCUUGGAACAAACUUGGAGACAUGAAGCGAGAGCAUGCAAUGGACAAGUAUGUGGAGGAACUUAAAAAGACUCUCAAAUCUGGUGCCAAUCAAUGGAAUGAAAUGGAAUCUAAGGGGGAUCCAAGGAUAGUUGAAGCCAUGCCUCAGACACAGGUUGUAGGAGACUUCAUGGACAAACUGGGGGCGUUUUAUGAGGUCGUUGACGAAGAGUCGCCAAUAGAACAGGCCCGCACCGCUAGAUCCGCCAAAUCCUUACCUCCAGACCACAACUAUAACCUCCAGCCAAUAGACCACCUACAGAAUAGUGCAUUAGCCGAGUUUGACACGAGAGAUGACGACUUAAAUGACCCAGGGGCGGGAGAGGGGGACAGUGGAGUGAGUCUAACCCAGAAUGGACACAGCCCCACCCCUCCCAGAGACAUCUCCAGCUCUGACAGUGAGGAGGAGUUCUGUGACACAUCCACCGAUCUCGAGUUUCCUUUGGAAAGACGAGAAGUUUUACAUAAUGGUCCAGUACCAUCAACGAUCUCUACUCAUGUUAAAACCAGCCGCGUACGGUUUGCCGAUGUCAAUGACAACCACUCAAGCUCCAGUAAUGGUCACUCUCACGAGAGUUUUACUGUACCACAAGGAUUUCCCUACAUUUCUCCAAGACCUGGAACUCAAGAUGACAGUUUAAUAGUGCAAACCAGUUCACCAGUGACAUCUAGGUUUAAGGAUUUAAAUGGUGACCUUGAAGUGUCUCCAAGUGACCUUGACAUUGGGAGAGAGGUUGUUAUUGACCGCCUGAGCCCUGUUGGUCCAGGGGUGGCGCCACAGGGUCAGAGGGAGGAGAAUGAACCCCCAAAUGGCGGGAAUGGGGACAAGGGUAAAGAUAAUGAGCGCAGCAAGUCAGGUCAAGGGGCCACACCAAAGAGAUCAGGUUCCCAAGGCUUGCCCAGCGCAGGUGGCAGUGGGCGUCGACUGUUGCUGGCUGGGGGUGGGGGAGGGGGUGGAGAUCAGACUGGAGGGGAGGGGUCUGGGGACCCGGUAGGGGAACAGAUCUCUCUCACCCUCGCUAGGCUUCAGCAGGAUAUGGCCCAGGUUUUGGACAGACUCAAUAGGCUGGAGGCUCAGUCCAGACAGGGCCAGGGACCAGAUAAAACCAAUGGAUCAAUAUUUAGCUGGUUUCGGCCAAGUGGGAAUGCAGGUCGGAUGGCGUUUUUCUUCCUGGUUUGGCCGGUCAUUGUUCAUCUAUUGCUCACCUACAUUGCUCGCAGAAGAAGGAGAAGAUAACAAGAGUGCUGAACAAUUGUAUUUCCUUGUCUGUAUGUACAUGUUUAACCCUGUAUGCUGAGGCAUCAGGGCUCAUUCUAGGCUGAAAUUUUCGGGACAAGUGAAACAAAUUGCGUUCCUCGUCCCCCCUAAAAGAAAAUAAAAAUAAAAAGUAGACAAAUUUGGCUGCAGUUUUCAAACAUUUGUUUAUAGUGAUACAUAAUAUAUUGUUGUCAUCAAAAGUUCAGAAGAUGAAUACAACAUAAAUGAUCAGGGCUUUUAACAGGGUCUGAAACCUAAUAGUCAAAAAUGAAAAGAGACUAGUUUCUGAAUAAACAUUAUAUUUAUUUAUUGCAUGUUAAAGGGGUGAAAGGUAUAAGGUUUCUGUUUGUUUUUUAUCUAAUGUAAAUUAAGCCUUUGCGCUUUCUCCCAGUCAAGUCAUGUUGGCAGGUAAUUCAUCAGUAAAUCGUAGCAUAAACUAUUUUUUGAUCAUGUAUUCAAUGCCUCAUUAGUAUUAAUUUAAUGCCCCUAUCAUCACAAAAAGUUAAAAUCUCAAUCACAAUUCAUUUGACAAAAUAUGAGCAGUAUGAUUCAAAAUCUUGUAUGUUUUUACUGUUUUAAGAAGAGUGUUUUCACAUAGUAUAAGUUGAUAAAAGCCUGUUGUCAAUAUUUUGUUUAGUUUUUCAUUCUAAAGCAAAAAAUGUACAUGUGUAAUUGCUCACAUACAGAUAGUUGUAGGUGGUAUUUUUUUUGCUGUAGAACUUUUUCAUUUAAACCUUCAUGGAAGAUUUUAAUCAACAUAUUCUAUGAGGGAAUAUGUCUUUGAAAUGAGUAAAAAUAUGUGUGUAGGAUUAUGAUUAACUUGAGAUUGAGAUGAUAUUUGAGAUUUUACUUUGUUAAAUUAGGUCAAGAUUUAAAAAAAAAAAUGCAAAUGGUAAAUUGAUGAUGUUUAAUGUAAUGUUGAGAAAUGUGAGAUUGAGAACUGAAUGUAUUUAAUGCAUAUUUCAGUAUGGAAAGUUUUGAGGGCUAUUCCUUGUUAACAUACAACCAACCAACCGCAUGAAGGCAACCAACCCAUCUAUAUAAUUUCUUUAUUUUGCCGUUCUGAGGUGGGUUGUAUGCUUAAAUGGUAUAGCCUUGACUAUUUUUGCAAGUUACAUGUAGAAUGUAUAUGCAUAUGGUUGACAGCAUAUCUGACAGACGUGUUUAACGAGGUUUAAUAUCAAUUAUUGAUAUUUAAGCUGCACUCUCACAGAUUGACAGUUUUGACUUUUAUUUUAUUUUUGUCUCAGAACCAGCUGAUUUGGCAUCAAUACCUUCAAUUCAGUCAUAUAAGUUAGCUCAUUAAAGAACAUAUCUCGAUUGUUUGGAAAAUGCUGAAAAAACUCAUUUUCUUUAAGCAUUAGUAAAGUUUUUAGCCAUAAAACAUCCAUUUUCGAACGUAAAUAUGAAGAAUGUGAUCUCAUCUUUUGUCAGCAGCCUUGUAUCACUUGAUUCCAGACAUUUACGCAAAAAUUGGCUCAUUCCCACAAAAAAAAUAUGUGAAAACCGUCAAUCUGUGAGAGUCCAGCUUUAAGAUAAACCAUUUACAUUUCCCAAUAGUAUUAGUUUUAAAUGUGAAUCUUCUAGCCUGAAAGGAAUGUACGUUUGUUGAUGAAUUUUGUUGUGAAUUUGUAUUAUUUGCGUUUAUGACUUUAUAUACCUGUGAUAAAAUUUCAAUCAUCAAUGAUGAAAGUAUCUUUAUUGUGAACAGAAAAAAUAGAAAUAAAUUUAAUGAAAACAUU